GCACUAACGUUACGACACGCACACGCACGAUAGAAGAGGGAAUUGCGGGACGCAGCAGCAAAUGCGCGAGACGUUUUUAGACCAAUUCUUCGGAAACGUGAUAAAUUCAAUCCUACGUACACAAAGUUCGUGUUCUUCAUCCCUCUGAAGAAGAAAACAUCGGAUCUGCUGCAUUCUCCAGGUCCAUCUCUCACAACCGAAAACCUUUCUCCUUCUCUUCAUUCGCUUUUCUCGUCGAUUUAUAUAUAUAUAUAACUUGUGGGUAUUGCUUUGUUUGAUCUGCUAAUCCCUUUGUUCUUUCUGGGUACCGCUCGAUUCCUAAUUUGAAUAAAUAAGAUUACCUUAGAACUUUGCUACUUGAUAUUCAAACAUGUCGUCGUCUGAGAUAAACAAGAACGAGGUUGACAUUGUCAUCGGAGCUCUCAACGCCGACCUAACCCAGUUCCUCAACAGCUGGAAACCCUUUUUCUCCGGUUUCCAUCUCAUCAUCGUCAAAGACCCUGAGCUCAAGGACGACCUCAACAUACCUGAAGGCUUCGACGUUGACGUCUACUCCAAGCCCGACAUUGAGAAAGUUGUCGGCGCAGCCAAUGCCACCAUGUUCUCAGGCUAUUCCUGCAGAUACUUCGGUUACCUCGUCUCCAAAAAGAAGUACAUCGUCUCCAUCGAUGACGACUGUGUCCCUGCCAAAGAUCCCAAGGGAGUUCUAGUGGAUGCUGUCUCUCAGCACGUGACCAACCUCGAGAACCCCGCCACGCCUCUCUUCUUCAACACCCUCUACGAUCCUUACUGCGAGGGAGCUGAUUUCGUGCGUGGGUACCCGUUUAGCCUUAGGAGCGGUGUCCCUUGCGCUGCCUCUUGUGGACUUUGGCUUAACUUAGCUGAUCUUGACGCUCCAACGCAAGCUCUCAAGACGGAGCAGAGGAACACUUCCUACGUUGACGCGGUUAUGACCGUUCCCUUGAAGGCUAUGUUGCCCAUAAGCGGGAUCAACAUUGCCUUUAACCGUGAGCUGGUGGGACCAGCUUUGGUGCCUGCGCUUAGAAUCGCUGGUGAAGGGAAAGUGAGGUGGGAAACGCUUGAGGAUGUUUGGUGUGGGAUGUGUUUGAAACACAUCUCUGAUCAUUUGGGGUACGGUGUGAAAACCGGGCUGCCUUAUGUGUGGAGGAACGAGAGGGGAGAUGCUGUGGAGAGUUUGAGGAAGAAGUGGGAAGGGAUGAAGCUGAUGGAGAAGAGUGUUCCGUUUUUCGAGGCUUUGAAGUUGCCUGAGAGUGCGGUUAGUGUUGAAGAUUGUGUGGUUGAGCUUGCUAAAGCUGUGAAAGAGCAGUUGGGUUCGGAUGAUCCUGCCUUCACUCAAGCUGCUGAUGCCAUGGUCAAGUGGGUCCAGCUCUGGAACUCUGUCAACUCGAGCGGUUAAAGUUGAAUCUAUAUCUCCCGAGGUUAGGUUCCUUUUCAUCACUUCUAAGCUUAUUUGAUAUCAUGUUAUCAUCAUGUUUAUUUCUCUCUCUUUUUUUUCUAAUUAUAAGCAUGUUUUUUAUGAGACUUUUCAAUAAUGUAAACCUUGACUUAUGAAACCCAUCUCUUGUUAGUUUUGAUGAUGAUAAUACCUAUCUGUUUCUUCUGGUU